AAAAGGUCUCGCUCGCAUCGCAGAUCGCACGCUCGGACGCCGCGCCGCCCCUUUGCGACCUAGUUGCCUAGUUGCCGGCGUCCGCCGUCCGUUGCCCUCCGCCCCUCCCGGCUUCCCCUGCCCGCCGCCGUUUCCCCUCGCGCUAGACAGUUGCCGCCGCGCCGGACUCUCCCCGCCUCAGGAGGCCAGGACUGCCCCCGCCUCUGCCUGCUACCACUACUUGCCAAGGCCGGUGCCAGCCGGCCAGGUUGCUGGUUUUGUCAUGGACUCUAACAUGAAGCAGCUUCAAGAGGCUCUGGUUGACAUUGAAACUGACGCAGAGCAACUUCUUCUGGCUAGGCAUGAGCUUGUGCAAAAUGACAAGAUGAGGAAUGCUAACAGGGAGGCAUUGACAGCCCUACGGAAAAGAGCCAGGACAACCAAAAGUAGUGUUCCAUCUCCCUUUGACAUCGUGAUGAAAGAAAUGGAAGGAACCGCAGGCAAGCAGCUGGUAAAGGAGAUAUGCUCGACAUGUGGAAACCACGACCCCAAAGAACAUACCUGGCUAAUGUUUCCAGGAUCAGAUAUUUUUGCCCGUGUUCCAUUUCAUGCAACACACACUAUUCUGGAAGAAGAUCAGGAGCGCCUAGACUUCGACACCAAGAAGCUGCAGAGCUUUGUGAAGGAGAAGUCAUUUCUGAUCUCGGAGAAAGGCGCACUCGCUGACAAGAUCAGCCCUGGGAUCGUGAAAUCCCUUGUCAGCCUCACAGAUAAACCUAAGUAGCUAGGCACAUUACAUGAGGCAAAGGCAGCUCGCCUCAAUGCCGAGUAGUCCGCAUGAAAAUUCACACCUGAACUGUUGAUGGAUUCAGCAACUGAAAUGUUGUUUCUGGAAACAUGUGGUUCGGUUUGGACCUUCAUUUUAAUUCCACUGAGUACAGUACAACUGAAA